UCGCCCAGGUGCUAUUUAUACUCAAUAAUUACUUGGAAGACAGAUGUCAAAAAUCAAUACAUUUUUUGUGCAUGGGAGCUUGCAUUAUUUUAGAAAAUAAUACAGAAAUAUGCCUUCAAAAAAGAAAAAAUAUAAUGCAAGAUUUCCGGCGGGUCGAAUCAAAAAGAUAAUGCAAAGUGACGAAGAAGUAGGAAAAGUCGCUCAGGCUGUUCCAGUGAUAAUUUCUAGAACACUUGAAUUGUUUGUAGAAUCGCUGUUAACAAAGACAUUGAAAAUAACAAAUUCUCGGAAUGCUAAGACACUAUCACCAUCCCAUAUGAAACAGUGUAUAAUGUCGGAAAAUCAAUUUGAUUUUUUACGUGAACUAGUAAAAAAUAUACCAGAUAUUAGUGUUAAUGAAGAAUGUGGUAGUUUGAAUGACAGUAUGAUGCCAGUUUCACCGAGCUUAGAAAGUCCACCGCCAACAAUCCAACCACACACACCAAUCACUCCAAUACAACAAGAACCAUAUGAUUUAAGUAGACCGUCAACUAGCUGUGAAUUCAAUUUUCAAAAACACUUAACAUCAAUACAAUUACAAAAUCAACAACCUUUAGGAAUAGCAAUGUCAAAUGGUCAAUCGAGUCCAUUGAUUCGAAAUGGUAAUAAUAUUAGUAAUAAUCAACAACAGCAACAAUUAUUAGGCAUUAGCUCUUCUCCACCUGUUGUACCAAUACAAUCACCCUCAUCAUCAUCAUCACAUGGAAUUGAAAUUACGUGUAAAAAUUCAGUAAUAGCAAAAAUUUCAAUACCAACAUUGUCAACUGACAAUAAUUUAAGAGAAAAUAAUACCCCUGAAAUCGGUUUAGAAAAUCGUAAUGAUUUAAAAAGAUCAUGGGAAUCAAUGAGCCGUUUAAGACAUCAUACACAACCGCCUUUAAAAUGUACAACAACAACAAAUACUUCUGCAAAUACAACAAUACAAUCAAUAGUAUCAUCAUUAAAUCCAGCUGCAUCACUUUCAACUUUAUAUUCACCAUAUUCCAAAAAUAAUUCAACAACAAUAAAUGAAACAUCAUUAGAUUCAUCAUCUUCAACUCCCCCAAAAAUAUCUCGAUUAAAUUCUAUAAAUACACAACAGGAUCAACAGCAGCAAUCACAAAUAAUGACUUCUUUAAAAUUACCAAAAUUAUCAACUGCUAACAUAAAUAAUUCAUCGACAAUAGGCUCCAAAGAAGAUAUAGAAAUUUCACAAAAAUUAAGUACUGAAAUUAAUAAAAAACAAGAAAAUUCAAUGGUUAUACAAAAACCAAUAGUUAGCAUCGAUGAAAAUAUUUCUAAUAAGCCUAUUGUUAAUAUAGAUUAUAGUAAUUUAAAAUUAUUACAGUAUGAUGCGAAUAGUUCUAAAACGAUAUCAAAUACAGAUAAUAAAUUAAAUAAAACAAUUAAUAAAAAACCUGAAAUAACAAAUAGUCCAGUAAUAAAUAUAGAUUUAUCGAAAAUUGCUACACAACCGCCGACAAUCAAUUUCAAUUUUAGUAAUUUAUUAACGCCAGAUAAUGUAUCAAAUAAUUCAAAAAUAUUAUCAUCAACAACAGGAACAACAACAGCAACAACAACCUUAGAAUUAGAUGAAGACUAUGACAAUAUAUAAUAAAAAUAAUUAAUAAUAAAAUUAAUAUUUUUCCGUUAAAAAAAAAAAACAAGAAAAAGAAAUGUAAAAAAAUUUUAUAAUUGAUAUGUAAAUUUUAUGAAAAAAAAAACAAAAUUUUUUUAGUUCAAAGAAAAUAU